AUGAGCAGGAAGGACUCGAUCAUGGCCGAACCGAACGGAGGGCCACCGGGCCACGAUGUCAGCGGACUCCGAGAGAGAACAUCACAGCGGCCAGAAAUGCCUCAAAAAGCGCAGUCAGUGGACACAGCACAGGAAGCUGUACACGCGUUGAAUGCGCCAGAGGCAGCACAGAACAAGAAGGAGAAGGACAAGAAGACAUAUGGACGAACUCCAGACGGCACGGUGUUUACGGUGCCUCAUACAGAAGAUAUGGUGUCACAGCUUUUCGACCCAACCCAACCAAAGAACGUCUCCGAUCUCAUCAUUGUCGGCGCCUUAGCUGGACAAGUGCUGUUGAUGUACAUCCUGCCAAAGCAACUACGACUCCCGGUCUCUGCCCUCGUGUUUCUCUUCUGGAGGUGGUGCUACAACUUUGGCAUUGGCUGGCUUCUGCACAACCAAUCCCACCAUAAACUUCUUCUCGCCUGGGCCAAGAAGACGAGGAUAUUCGACACACCCGAACGCGGCAAUCCUCGCCCUGCCUUGUACAAAUUCAUCAAGCGAGAAAUGGAAGCCAAGAUCCCCAGGGACUAUAAGUUCGAAGAAGCGCCAAUCGAGUACAAUACAUGGCUCCUGUUCCGCCGUAUUGUAGACAUGAUCCUGAUGUCUGACUUCACUGCAUUCGUCCUGUUCGCUUACGUGAACGGCGGCCGCCCUGAGAAUGAAAAGCUCGCCAUGACUGUCGGCCGGUGGGUCGGUGGUUGGGCACUGAUCUUGUUCAACCUAUGGGUGAAGCUCGAUGCGCACAGAGUCGUAGGCGACUUUGCUUGGUUCUGGGGCGAUUUCUUCUUCCUCAUUGACCAGGAUCUGACGUUCGACGGCGUGUACGAUCUUGCACCACAUCCCAUGUACUCGAUCGGAUACGUUGGCUUCUACGGCAUUGCCAUGCUAGCUGCUAGCUACAAGGUCUUGUUCAUUUCGAUCAUCGCUCACGCAGCGCAGCUGGCCUUCCUCGCUAUUGUGGAGUCGCCACACAUCGAUCGUGUCUACAACUCACCUGCGCCCGUCCGACGCUCUGAGGAUGUGCCUGAUUCUCCACCAAAGCGACCACAAUACCAGACCAGGAUGUUGAGCGCCGGGCACAUCAACGGCAUGCCUCCACUUGCAUCAACGGCGCAGCCAUCACCGGUACACAACCUUGUCGGCUUCCAAAACAUUGACCUGCACCGCGUUACCGAUGUCUCGGUCAUCCUUUUGCAGGUCUACAUGUACAGCUUCGCCUUCCUGACACCAUCCACCUGGCAAUGGCAAACCUUCUUCGUGUUCAGUGCGACCAUGUGGCGUCUCUGGUACUCCGCUGGCAUUGCCUUCAUCCUGGACAGACAGUCGAAUAAGAAGUGGUGGACACGCCACUUUAUCAAGUUUGGCGAAGGUACCGAAGAGGCCUGGCGACAAUGGAAAGGCAUCUACCACAUCAGCAUGGUAAUGUGCUACACCAGCUUUAUCUGUGCGGCCUGGAAGAUGUAUGGCCUACCGGAUGACUGGACGUACGGCAGCUCCACGUUGCGACAUGUCCUUGGUGCUGCACUAAUCUCGCUCCAAAUUUGGACCAUUGCUAGUAUCUACGAAUCGCUAGGCGAAUUCGGCUGGUUCUUUGGCGAUUUCUUCUUCGACCAAACAAGGACUCAACUGACCUACGAUGGCAUCUACCGCUUCCUCAACAACCCAGAGCGGACCAUCGGACUGGCUGGCGUCUGGGGUGCAGCCAUUAUAACCUGGAGCAAGGCGAUCUUUUUCUUGGCUCUUCUCAGCCACACCUUGACGCUGUGCUUCAUCCAGUUCGUGGAGAAGCCACACAUGCAGAAGCUGUACCGGCAGAACCUACGCGAGCAGUCAGGCGUCUCUAAGAGCAUCAAGCGCUCCCUUCCCACGCCACUGCAACAAUGGCAAGGCCGCGUCGACCGAGUGCUGGAUGAGACACUGGACUCGCUUGAGGACUUCAUCGAUGCAGCAGGACCGAAACUCGCAGCGGGCUUCAGCAGCAUGGUCAAGGACUCAAGCACUCUGUUCAGACAGUUCCCGGCGCGUCUUACUGUGACCAGCAUUGCGCCAGAUCUCGCUGGCUAUAAUCCAAAAGACUACUCCAUCGAGAUCGAGACUGACGUCCCUGGCGUCAAAGCAGGUGAUGUCGGUUUUAGCGGUCGAGAGGGAGAGAAUGGACAAAGUCCACUCCAGCGCAGAGAUAGCUUCGAGCGCGUCGUUGUCCAAUACGGCUCGCCCAUCAAGGUCAGAUGGUACGCACCUCUAAACCACAGCAAAAAGGACUGGAUCGGGCUCUACCGCGUCGGCGACAACCUAUCCCGAGACGUCACCAAGAUUGGGUCUCAAGGCCGCUGGAUCGCGACCAACCCCGGCGCCUACGACUACUCCAAGGCCGACAAGGGCGUCCUCGUCGCAGAUCAGCGUGUUUCAGCCGCCGAACGCAAAGAGGGCGAAAGCAAAGAGUUCAUGACUGGCGAAAUCGAAUUCGCCGGCGACAAGCUCUGGUGGACACAAGGCGUCUUUGAAUUCCGCUACCACCACGACGGCAAAUACAACGUCAUGGCCGUCUCGCUCCCCUUCGAAAUCAAAAUCAACCGCUUCGACAACGACGAUAUCGACCACAACAAUGGCAUGGUCCGCAAUGCCAUCGAACAAGCUCUGUUACCGGUGAUCCAGAACUGCUUUGACCGCGACCCGGACGUGGCGCCGAGGAGUGUGGAUGAGCAGUUCGGGCCUACACUGGAGAGGGAGGGCAAGUAUGCGAAGCGGGUGGUGUAUGCGGUGCAGCAAAUGUUUGGGAUUGAGUUUGCGCCGGAGGUGGUGCAGGCGGAUGGCAAUGUGAGGAAUUUGGCGUGGAGGAUAUGUAAUGCGAAGAAGGUGUUGGCGCCGUAUAGUCUGCAGCAGAGUAUGGGGGUGGGGACGCCGGAGUAG